AUGGAGGUGCCCAAGGCGGUGGCGCUUGUGGCCGCCCUGGCGUUCGUGGCGCUGGGAGCGCUGGCCACCAGGUGGCUGCAGCGCAUGGAGGCGCGGAAUGAGGAGGCGCAGGAGGUGGCCCCUGCGCCGAAGGAGGUGGAGGCUGAGGCGGCGGUUGCGGCCUCCCCUCCGGUGGGGAAGGGCGUCUGUGCGAUGUGCUCCAAGCCAACGACGCUCCGGUGCAAGCGAUGCAAGAGUGUCAAGUACUGCACCGUCAAAUGCCAAAUAGAUCACUGGAGAAAUGGUCACAAAGAUGAAUGCCAUCCUCUAGGUCAUGGUGCCACACGAGAUGAUACACCUAAAAAUGUGAUGGCUGGAACAGAGCUUAAGGAUAUGCCAUUUGAGGCAUCCACUACCUACGAAAAAUGCGAUGGCAAUAAAGAUAUGCUUUAUUCUCAGUUUACGGGGAAGGCAGAAUCUGUUGAUUUUUCAAGGCUUUCAACUUCAAGUGAAAUUUGCAAAGGUCAUGACGGCACUGUUCGUGAAAACUGUUGUCUUACUGCCCAUGACCAGCGUGCUGGGUUGGAACCUGAACCGGAGCAAUCCAACAAGCAGGCUUUUGGUUCAGAAAACCAUGAAAGCUUAAGAAAUUUGCCAUGCAUGCCAGUUGUCGACAAAGUUCCUUCCACUCACAGCGGUGCAUAUUGUUUGGCAAGUAACCCACUUAAAAGAGAAGAUAAUCCUCCUGGUCCCUGUGCUAGGCCAGAGAGCUCAGGUGUGAUGCCAAAUAAUCCAUCAACAGAUAAGAAUGAUGCCAGACAACAAACAACUCCAAAAGCUGUGAGGAAUUAUCCAUCUGAAUCGGUAAACAGAACUGGGCAGCUCAAAUAA